AUGAAGAUAAUGGCAAGUUCGGAAAUAGAAUCUUAGCUUUACUUGGGUCAGCAAAGGAUAUUAUCAUUUAACUACUUAUCAUUAAAGGCCAAACAAAAUUCCGAUUGCUUAAAACGUUAAUUAUGA